CACUCGGUUUCCAAGUUUGGUAAGGAGGUGCGAAAAACAAAAAUACCAAGAAACGACAUUUGUCGUCAGUCGACGGGCAUCAGCUGCUGUACAACUUCGCGAAAAUGGCUGGUCCGCUGAGUCGCCUGAAUUGCUUUCCCAAGGGCAAUUUUGGUCCACUCACCCAGCUUGCGACAGUGCAAGUUCGCCACAACACUGGCCAACCUCCAGCUCAAACUAAGACCAAGUUUGGUCCUCUCAGCGAUGAAGAUCGCAUUUUCACCAAUUUAUAUGGUCGCCAUGACUGGCGCCUCAAGGGAGCCAUGAAGCGUGGUGAUUGGUACAAAACCAAGGAAAUUUUGCUGAAAGGAACAGACUGGAUUCUGAAUGAGAUGAAAACAUCCGGUCUCCGUGGCCGUGGAGGAGCUGGUUUCCCCACAGGAAUGAAAUGGAGCUUCAUGAAUAAGCCGUCAGAUGGAAGGCCCAAAUAUCUGGUGGUGAAUGCCGAUGAAGGUGAGCCUGGUACCUGCAAGGACCGAGAGAUCAUGAGGCAUGACCCACACAAGCUGGUUGAGGGCUGUUUGGUGGCAGGAAGGGCCAUGGGUGCCAAGGCUGCUUACAUUUAUAUAAGAGGAGAGUUCUACAAUGAAGCCUCCAACAUGCAAGUAGCAAUUAGUGAGGCAUACCAGGCUGGUUUCUUGGGAAAGAAUGCCUGUGGUUCUGGAUACGAUUUUGAUGUGUUCAUGCACCGUGGUGCUGGAGCAUACAUCUGUGGUGAGGAAACAGCUCUCAUUGAAUCCAUUGAGGGCAAACAGGGGAAACCUCGCCUGAAGCCUCCAUUCCCAGCUGAUGUGGGAGUGUUUGGGUGCCCCACAACUGUCUCUAACGUGGAAACUGUGGCUGUUGCACCGAGCAUUUGUAGGCGAGGUGGCGUAUGGUUUGCCAGUUUUGGAAGGUCUCGUAAUUCUGGAACGAAGCUUUUCAACAUCUCUGGACAUGUAAAUAGGCCUUGCACUGUGGAGGAGGAAAUGUCCAUUCCCCUGAAGGAGCUGAUUCAGAUUCACGCAGGAGACGUGACUGGAGGAUGGGACAACUUACUUGCCAUUAUUCCGGGUGGCUCAUCGACUCCUCUCAUUCCUAAACAUGUCUGUGAGGAUGUUAUGAUGGACUUCGACGGUCUAGUGGCUGCUCAAACAUCUUUGGGAACUGCAGCCAUAAUUGUUAUGAAUAAACAAACGGAUGUUAUCAAGGCGAUUGCUCGACUUAUUGAAUUUUACAAGCAUGAGUCAUGUGGUCAGUGCACUCCCUGCCGUGAGGGAAUCAAUUGGAUGAACAAAAUUAUUCACCGAUUUGUCACUGGUAAUGCUCAGCCAUCUGAAAUAGACAUGCUGUGGGAGUUGAGCAAGCAGAUUGAAGGUCACACAAUCUGUGCUUUGGGAGAUGGUGCAGCCUGGCCUGUUCAGGGACUUAUUCGUCACUUUAGGCCUGUGAUUGAAGACAGAAUGAAGCAAUUCGAAGAGAAAAAGGCUGCUUCAGCCAGCAAUUAGAUUUAAUCUUUAGCAUUCAUGUCUAGGAAGAUUUCUGUUGCACCUGGAAUUCUAGUGCUGCACCCCAUGUACAUAGACAUCUGUAUAAUUAUGGCAAAUAUCAGAAUUUAAACAGGAGUAUUUAUUGUACAAAUUAAUUUCAAAGCUUUUUCUCCCUCUAUGUUAUUUCGUGUGAAAUAAUGAUAUUAAUAAACAAAAUUAGGAAAUUUCAA